GAGAUUUUCGAAACGCCGCGGGAAUAUGUGCCUAAAAUACGUCUCUGUCACAACAUCAUUAUUAUUAUAUUCGUGCACCUCAAACCUCCAAUAACGAUUUAUUGUAAUGUUUAACGCUCUUAUAAAUAUUGUAGUCUGCCAUCGCAGUGAAAUUUUUGUAUACAUUUAUUGUUCGCCAGAUUUUCGUCUAACGUCGUCGCCGUCGUCUCGUCAGUCUCGUGUGCUUUUUAACGUGCGAAAUAUUCAAAUUUCUCCUCCCACGAAAGACGGACUGUUUAAACUAUUUCUAAAUCGAACACGGUCGUGAAACUGCAUAGUAACACUCAGGACUCAGUGGACAACGUAUUUUGCCCCACAACCAGAGUACCGUACCUACCACCUAUAACUGAUGAAUUAUCGACAAAAAAAAAUGCCUUCCUAUAUGAAUAUAUUAUAUUGUUGUGAUCAAAUUAUGGCAUCAAGGUGAACGGUCUUGAGGAACAGAAAUCAUGUCCGGCACGACGGAUAACGGGGUCGCCGGGACUCAUAACGUACAGCCGACUAUCACAGAAUGUAAACUUUACAAAAGACGAUGGCUUAUGUUGGUGCUAUUUGUCCUGUGUUCGAUGAUCAACGCUGUACAAUGGAUACAGUACAGCAUCAUAUCAAACGUGGUUAUUAGAUUUUAUAAUGUGUCAAGUUUUGCUGUGGAUUUCACAUCCAUCGUAUACAUGAUAACCUACAUACCACUUAUAUUCCCGGCGUCGUGGAUACUAGAAAAAAAGGGUCUUCGCGUGGCCAUGGUAGCCGGCUCGUGCGGCACGAUGAUCGGUGCCUGGUUUAAAGUGGCGUCUUCCAGUCCGGACAGAUUUUAUAUGACCAUGUUGGGUCAAACGAUUGCGGCUAGUUCGCAAGUUUUCAUAUUGAAUUUGCCGGCACGUCUGGCAGCAGUGUGGUUUGGCCCGUCUGAAGUGUCUACGGCAUGUUCGAUCGGUGUGUUUGGAAAUCAGUUCGGUGUAGCUCUGGGCUUCUUGUUGCCACCAUUAUUGGUUCAAGACACCGGCGAUUUGUACGCCAUAUCCGCAGGCUUGUCACGAAUGUUUUACGCCACAGCCAUAAGUUCGACACUAGUGUUUAUACUAAUAUACUACUUCGUCAAGCCAUCCCCGCCAUUACCACCGAGUUUGGCACAAGCGAAUCAGAGGUCGACCAGUAGCAAUGACCCGAAAAACUUUGUCAAGUCUUUGUGGAGACUAGUUUACAACUACGGAUUCCUUUUGUUAUUACUGUCAUACGGCAUGAAUGUCGGUUCGUUUUAUGCCAUUUCCACGUUGCUAAACCAAAUUAUAUUGGAACAUUUUCCUGAUAACGCGGUAGAUGCUGGCAGAAUAGGUCUAACGAUCGUCCUUGCAGGAAUGGUGGGUUCAGUGGUGUGUGGUUUUAUUUUGGACAGAACGCAUCUUUUCAAAGAAACGACUUUAGUGGUAUAUGGUUGUUCGUUGGUCGGCAUGGUAGUCUACGCGUUCACAUUGUCUUGCGGACACAUAUUAGUUGUGUACCUGUCAGCAAUCCUACUUGGGUUUUUUAUGAAUGGUUAUUUAGCGGUCGGGUACGAAUUAGCAGCUGAACUGACCUACCCAGAGUCCGAAGGAACGUCCAGUGGAAUGCUAAAUGCAGUGGUACAAGUAUUCGGCAUCGUUUUCACCUUGAUUUAUGGAUGUAUAAAUAAUGCAGCUGGAGACAAGAAAGCCAAUUUAUUUUUAGCCGGAACACUCGUCUUAGGAACCUUUCUCACUGCCAUGAUACCAUCUGACUUGCGGAGGCAAGCGGCUCAAGAAAAGAAAUCAUUGGUUAAUUAAUUAAUGAUAGUUUUACAAUCAUAAUCAAUGUAUAAUUGGCUCAAGUAUUUUUAAUUUAUUAUCACCCCACCAAUAUAUUAUAAAGUAUUUAAGUAUGUUAUAUUGAUAUAUUUUAAGGAUCUGAUAAUAUUCCAUAUUCGCCUAGAAAGGAAUUAAAGUUAAUAACCUAUAAAGAUUCCAUAUUUUAGUAAAAUAUAAAGUAUUUAUUUUUCAUUACCUAUUACAUUUUUUUAAAUAUUAUAAUAUAACUAC